AUGAAGUUCGCAGCGUCUCUGGCUGUGCUCGUCUCGUAUAUCGCGAUAUGGAGCUCGCCAGUCCGUGCCGCUGCGAUCAGGUCUCCCGAUGAGGUUUGCUACGAUUCCUGCCAAGCGUGUCUGAAGCCGGUGCAUUUCGAUGAGACACUCUGGAACCAAACGGGCUUGCUCAAGCCGUGCUACAGCCCACGAGCCAUAAUCUCGCUGUACCUAUGCCUCGAAGUGUACUGCAAGCCCGGGGCUCGAACUGUGGGCUUGGGUCCCCUCAACGAAACAUGCCAGGAGCGCGCGCAUACGGUUCUCCCACCGUUCAGCUUGAUUUCCAACUACACCGUCGAGGAUAUUGCAAAGGUCCGAAGGUUUGAGUUGAAUGAGACAGGCCAGUCUCACACUUUUAGAGAAGUGGUUAUUCCGUCAGAGCACUUCUUUCGCGUUUGGUGGGACACGCUGGACGCUGUUGCCUAUGUGUAUUGGUACCACUUCAUCUAUGGCGCUGCCAUGGUUGUCUUCUGGGUCGUCGUUGUUGCUAUUGGAAUCAUGAACCACGUCGGGCAGCACAUUGCCGCGUUGCGUAUGGUCCGGAGCAAGUCAUCAGGAUCUGGAUCAAAACUGAGCAAUUUUUACACCCGAACUUUGGGAUCGAUCACUACUCCUGCCACGUUCGGAGACCGAUGCGCCCAGAAGAUCGGCUGGGGAACUGUGCCGCCCAGGAUACAGUCUUUGACUCUGGUCGCUUUCCUCCUGGUUAAUAUUGCGCUGAGCAUUCAUGGAUAUAGAAUUACACCCGAGAAUUUCUACUUCGAAACAAAGAAACGACAAAUCCUUCGCUACGCUUCUGACCGCACAGGCAUCAUCUCAUUUGCCAACUUUCCGCUCAUUUGGCUCUUUGGCAUGAGGAAUAACAUUCUCAUGUGGCUUACCGGAUGGGACUUUGGAACUUAUAACAACUUUCAUCGCUGGGUCGCCCGCAUUGCUACAGUCCAAGCCAUCAUUCACUCCAUCGGCUAUACACUCCUUGUUAUUGAUGAGGGUGGCAUGGAAGCUUUCAUCAACUGGUGGUCAUACACAUUCUGGUGGACAGGUGAAGUGGCUACUAUCUUCAUGUCCCUUCUUAUCGGCGCAUCUUUCUAUUGGAUCCGACGCCAGCAUUACGAACUAUUCCUAGUUGUUCACAUCGUCAUGUCCAUCAUCGUAUUGAUCACCAUGCUUGGUCAUGUCUCCAUUUUCGGUGGCCAAUUCGAUGGCCUUUUCUGGGUUCCCUGCUUCAUCUGGGUCGGCGAUCGCGUCCUCCGAGCUCUCCGAAUCGCAGCCUUCAACCCCAAGUUCUGGGAUACUCGGGCUACUUCUAUCUACAACCCUUCCUCCAACAUUGUCCGACUGGUCAUCCCUUGGUCGACGAGUCUCUACAAGCCAGCACCUGGUACUUACUACUACAUCCACGUACUCAACGGUCCUCGUUGCUGGGAGAGCCAUCCUUUUACUGUUGCCACAGUCUCAGAUGAAGGUCAACCAGCGGCGAAGCUUCUGGGCGAGCAGGUUCCUCUCCUUGAGGCGGACAACGUUGGAACAAGUUCAGACUCGGCCGAGACCCAAAGUCUCUACCCGGAGACCUGUAACAUGACGUUCCUCAUCCGACCUUACGAUGGCUUCACAUCCCGACUGCGAGAUACAGCCGAAGCGGCAUGGCCUAGAAAGGUGCCCCAAACCGUACUCGUCGAUGGUCCCUACGGACACACACAACCCUUCCAUCUCUUUGACAACGUUGUUUUUGUUGUUGGUGGAAGUGGCAUCGUCGUUCCACUAUCCUACCUCCAGGCUCUCACUGGCCCCAUUGCCCCCAAGUCUGUUAAGAUCCACUGGGCGGUCAGAGAACCCGGGUUCGCGCUGGAUGUCCUCCACAACGACAUCGGCGAGCUUCUUGGAAGUUCAAACCUCAGCAUAGAGAUCCAUCUCACAGCACAUACACCCCGAGACGAGCUCAACGACUGGCCCUCACAAGUAACACUCCACCAUGGUCGCAUAAAUGCGGCAUCAGUGGUGAGAGGCGCAAGUGAAAAAGCAGGCAGCGAGAGCGUCGCAGUCGUUGCUUGCGGGCCUGCACAGAUGGCAGAUACGGCAAGAAAGACGGUUGUGGAGAUGCUGCACAAUGGGGUCUCAAGGAUAGAGUAUUUCGAAGAGAGCUUCCAGUGGUGA